CAUCCACGCUCCAAACUCCUGUUUCCGUGGCGGAAGAUGGCGGACAGCUGCGGAGCAGUGGCAGCGACGAGAGGCGACUGUGGCUCCGUGUCCUCCGUGUCCUCCGUGUCCUCCGUCAGCAUGGACACCAUCUGUGCCCUGACGGAGCUGGAGGACCUGGAGAAGGUUUACCAGCAGCUCUGUGAGCAGGAGAAAGACGUGGAGACAGAGCUGGACAGACUGCUUGGACAGGAGGGGAGCAUUCACACCAAGAUGCUGGCUCUGCAGAGGAUGGGGCCAAACCUACAGCUGAUUGGAGGAGAUGCCAGUCAGCUGUCAGGCAUGAUCACAUUCACCUGCAGUCUGGCUGAGAACGUGAGCCGAAAAGUCCGACAGCUGGACCUAGCAAAGACUCGGCUGUAUAACGUGAUCCAGCGUGCCGACGAUAUCUUGGACCUAAAGUUCUGCACGGACGGCGUUCAGACAGCGCUGCAUAAUGAAGAUUACGAACAGGCUGCUGCGCACAUCCAUCGAUACCUUUCUCUGGACCAGUCCGUUAUUGAGCUGAGCCGCCAGGGAGAAGAAAGCAGUGCUGUGGAUGCCAGUCUGGUCCUGCUGCAGGAGGCAGAGCAGAAACUCAAGGUCAUAGUUGCUGAGAAGCUGGAUGAAGCAGUAGCAGCUGUGGACCUCGCUCAGGUGGAGAGGUUUUUUAAGAUCUUCCCUCUGUUGGGUCUUCACCAGCAGGGCCUCGCCCGCUUCGGUCAAUACCUCAGCACUCAGGUGAGAAGUAAAGUCCACCAGACCGACUCAGCACAUGAGUCUUUAUGAUUGUAAAUGACUCUCUCUUUCUCUUUCUCACUCUCUCUCACGCUGCUGCUGGAAGGUAUCGCCCGUGUCAUUGAGACUCAUCAGCCUGUCGUAGAGACAUAUUAUGGUCUGGGACAUCUUUACACUCUCAUCACUCACCUGCAGAAUGAAUGUGACAAACAGGCUCAGAGAAUCGUCGACAAGUUCAUUCAGCAGAGAGGAUAUCACAACAAGUUUCAGGUGGUUCAGAGCAGCAUGAUGAAGAGUGUGCCAGCUGAGAGGAUUGAGCCCAGGGAACUGGACCCUGUCCUGGCUGAAGUGACCCUGAUGAACGCACGCGCUGAGCUUUACCUGCGCUUCUUACGCCGUCGCAUGAUGGCUGAUUUCGAGGUCGGAGACGCUCAGAGCGUCACACAAGACCAUCAGCAGAAUAUGGAGAAGCUGCUGAAACACUGUCUGCUGAGCACCAGGAUGCAGGAGCUGAUUGGUUACUAUGUUCCAAUGGAGGAAUACUACAUGAGAGAGUCUGUCAACAAGGCCGUUGCUAUGGAUACAUAUGAAAAGGGACAGCUGACGUCCAGCAUGGUGGACGACUGUUUCUACAUAGUGAAGAAGUGCAUCAGCAGAGCUUUGUCCAGCUCCAGCAUCGACUGCCUGUGUGCCAUGAUCAACCACGCCAACUCUGUGCUGGAGUCUGAUUUCAGGGAGGUUUUGUACAACAAACUGCGUCAGGGUUUUCCAGCGACGACGCUUCAGGACAUCCAGCGCGGCGUCAGCAGUGCGGUCAGUCUGAUGCAGAGCAGCUUACAGCAGGGCAAGUUCAACACGCUGGGCAUCGAGAGCACGGAGAACGCCAAGGCCGCCUUUCUGGUGACUCUCAAUAAUGUGGAGGUGUGCAGUGACAACAUCUCCACUUUAAAGAGGAAUCUGGAGAAUGAUUGCUCCAAGUUGUUCAGUCAGGGAGGAAACACCGGAGAUCAGGCCAAGAUCCAGAGCUGUCUGUCUGACCUCGUCAACACGUCCACCAAGUUCAAGGAUCUGCUGCAGGAGGGUCUGACUGAGUUGAACACCACAGCAGUGAAACCUCAGGUCAAACCCUGGAUCAGCAGCUUUUUGGUCGUCUCACAUAACAUCGAAGAGGAGGAGUUUAACGAUUAUGAAGCCAAUGAUCCGUGGGUGCAGCAGCUCGUCGUUAACCUGGAGCAGCUCAUGGCAGAAUUUAAGGUGGCGCUCUCUCCCGUCAUCUACGACACGCUGACCAGCCUGAUGACCAGCCUGGUAGCAAUUGAGAUGGAGAAGACGGUCCUGAAGUGCUCCUUCAGCAGGCUGGGCGGUCUGCAGUUUGAUAAAGAGCUGCGCUCUCUCGUCGCGUACCUCACCUCCGUCACCACCUGGACCAUCAGGGACAAGUUCGCUCGUCUCACACAAAUGGCCACCGUCCUCAACCUGGAGCGGGUUUCAGAGAUCUUGGAUUACUGGGGCCCAAACUCGGGGCCCCUGACAUGGAGGCUGACCCCAGCAGAGGUGCGUCAGGUCCUGGCUCUGCGCGUCGACUUCAGGAGUGAAGAUAUCAAGAGACUGAGACUGUGAUUCAGGAAGCUCUGUGUGCUCAGUCACCUGACCUGAGGUCUGCUCAGUCACCUGACCUGAGGUCUGCUCAGUCACCUGACCUGAGGUCUGCUCAGUCACCUGACCUGAGGUCUGCACAGUCACCUGACCUCUCAGAUCUCCUGUAAAUGGCUGAGGGAUUUUUAUUUAUUUUUAAUUUAUCUCCCAGGAGAUUUAAGUUGCCUUUUGCUCCACAGCAGCUGUCUGUCUGUCUGUCCGUCCGUCUGUCUGUAAGCUACUCUUCAUGUUUUAGGGGCGGAGCUUGUGGUUUAGUGGCAUCUGUGAGAAUAUUAUCUGAAUACUGUGUGUGUAAUUGUAGCACACUUUGAACCUGUGAUCACUGCCCUGGUGACUUGUGUGUUCAGUCUCUACUUGUUUGUAACCCUGGAAUAAUGAGCUGUGUUUUGUGUUGUAAUGAAGUGGAAAAAGAAUUCAUCAAAGCGA